GAAUCAUUUACCAGCUCUCAGGUCAAUAAACAAUUUAUAAGCCUCCGCCGCAUGGGUUAUGACUGAGUGAUUAUAGGGCGAUAGACUCUUGAGUACGUAACAAAGACUAGCUAUGGCUUCUCAGGCAGGUUGCGAUGACAGCCGACUGGCGCCAGUUACGGUCCACGACCUUACACAACGCGCCGACGAACAAUCGAAAGCAUUAUCACGACUACUUUUGAGCAAUCACGUCAACUUUGCUGUUCUUCGGGAGCCCCGGCUGUUAUUCCACAACCAUCUUCCACAUGCGCUUGGGUCAUUAUACUUGCUGGGCGCUAGUCCGCAAAAGCUCGAACAAGUAUAUGCCGCCGAAGCAGCUGAGCUCAGAGCCACUAAUGAUGGUCUCAUCCGAGAUGGCAUCACCGAAAGCAACUGGCGUGAUUUUCUAGGCCGUAAAGAUUACACUGUUGCUUUCACCGGCUUCUUCGAUAACGUGGUCGAAAAUAACCAUGGUGAUUGGAAGUCUGUCGUCGAAUCAUAUCUCUUCUCCGGGAGCCAGCCCCUUAUCAAUGGCUUCUCCGGUGGCCUUGCACACCCAUUCAUCCACCUCGCGUACGCCUAUGAGUUCAACAGCAAGGAAGUUGCAACAGAAGCACUGAGCAUGGCAUGCACUGAAUAUGACAGUACUCACCGCUACAUCGAUUGUUACCCUACCGACAAUUCAACAUACAAGACGACCAACAUCGGAGAUGUGUUGCUUCGCAUCCGACAGGACUUUCGCUUCGACAACCUCUUGUGUGAACCCGGAUUCGCGAACCUGGCAGUAAUUGUGGAAAAGCGAGAGUUGGAAAUGUUGGAACAUUGGAACGCAUGGGAAGUCAAUGAUCCCCUAAGACAAUUGUACGAUUGCAUGUUCACAGCGUCUUUACUGUCAGUUGGCGCAGGAUUACCCCUGGGAGAAUUUGACUUCUAUUUAGCCCAUGUGCUGACAGUGGGCCACUCACUUCGUGUUCUGUUUCCUGUUUUCCCACGGAACUGGCAUGUUCCGAUUAUGAGGCAAUAUGGUCUGUUUACGAUAUUGGUGUACAUCGCGCAACUACGACCCGCCUUCAAAGAACAAGACAUAGCAUCGUGGGAUUUGCAAUCAUCGUCCUGGGAGAACGUUGCUCAAAAGUCCCAAGAGAAUGAACUAUCUAUAGACGUUCAUUUUCCCAAAGUUGUCCGAGCUUUGAAGGUCGCCGAGGAGACCUGUGGAUCUAGGGACAAGCACUUUAUGAAAGCAUCCGAGAAGUUUAUCUCGGAGUUUCGGGGCUGGACUGGCUUCGGUUUAGGCGUUGAUGCUAUUCCAUAGCCCUAUCCGGCAGAAAAAUAAUCAUACUAGGAAGUUAACGUAAUGCAAUCUUACCUUCCAAUCAAUCGUG